AUGUCCAAAACAUUAUUAGCUUUAGGUACAAUCGCACUCCUCGGAACACUUAUGAUGGUGAAUCAACCAGAAUAACUUGAUUUCGCCUCAAAAUAUCAAACAUUCAAAUAGAAAUUCGGAAAGGUUUAUUCUUAAACUGAAGAUGCCUACAGAAUGGCUGUCUACACAUAGAAUGUCUUAUAUGCUGAAUCAGUCAACUUGUAAUAAGGAAAAAGAGUGUUCGGUGAAACUAUCUUCUUCGAUUUAACAAAAGAAGAAUUCGCUGAAACUUAUUUGACCCUUAAAAUCACAUAAGAAGAUUUGAAUUUGGAAAGAAUCCCAGCCAAGAAUAUCUCAGCUGCUGAAAAGAUUGAUUGGUCAUAAAAGGGAGCAGUCACCGAUGUUAAGGACUAAGGAUAAUGUGGUUCAUGCUGGACAUUCGGUACAACAGGAGUUUUGGAAGGUUUCUUCUUCAAAACCACUGGUGAAUUACCAAACUUAUCAGAAUAAUAAUUGUUGGAUUGCUCAACCUUCUAAGAUUUCAAUCUUGGAUGCAAUGGUGGUCUCCCAUACAGAGCCUUACAAUAUGUCAAGAGAAGUGGUAUCACAACUCAAGCUGCUUAUCCAUAUAAAGGAGUUUAAGGAUCAUGCCAAAUCAAGGGAGGUGCUUAUCGUAUUAAGGGAGCUGUCUAAUUAGAAGCCACUGAAGAAGCUUUGAUCUCAUAUCUUAAUGAAGGACCAGUUUCAGUUGGAGUCGAUGCUACCAACUGGUAAUAUUAUAACCCAUCAGACGAAAAAGUCUUCAGCACUUGCGAUUCAAGCUUAAAUCAUGCAGUCUUGGCUGUUGGUUAUGACAAAAAUUCAUUGAAAAUCAAGAACUCAUGGAGUGCUUAAUGGGGAGACAGGGGAUACAUCCACUUAAAGAGAGAUGGAAACACUUGUGGAGUUUAUAACACCAAUGUUGUUGUUGUCUGAACAAAUUAAUAAUUUAUAUUUCACAAAGUAAUUUAU